AUGGCAGAAACAAUGUUACAGGAAGAACUUGGAUAUCUUCGUAUACUUCGUGCUACACUAGAAUCUUUACGUAAAAUAACAGAAAGAAUUUCAUAUGAUAUCCAAACAACUUGUGAAAAUUAUCAAGAUAUUAUUGAAUUAAAUAAACGCUGGAAACGCAUAGCAGAUGAUACAACUGGAUAA